GAGCUAAACUCUAAAAACUCCCGGCAGAGGAGUGCAAGGCGAGGUCACCGCAGGUAAAAGUCGCGGGGGGUUCCGCCAGGGGCCCGGCUACGCGGACCCGCGCGGCGGGGUGGGGCCGCGAAGCCUCAAAUCACCAGUUGAGGGCCGAGCGCGCCGGCUCAGAGCCGCGCCUGCAGCUGCCGCGGCGGGAGCGCGAGCCGCAGCCGGAGCCGGAGCCGGAGCCGGAGCCGGAGCCGCAGCGCCGGGCACGGGCGAGCGGCGCGGGCUUCUGGGCGGGCGCGCCCCGCGGACCAUGAGCGACCCCCGCUCCGGGAGCAGCCGCGGCGCGGGGCCCGCGGUGCGGAGCGUCUGAGUCCCUGCGGGAGACACGGACCACGGACGCCCAGCGCGCGCGGGGAGAAUCAUGGCUGCGGGGAAAUUCGCGAGCCUUCCCAGAAACAUGUCGGUGAAUCACCAGUUUCCCCUGGCCUCGUCCAUGGACCUUCUGAGCAGCAAGUCUCCUCUCGCCGAUCACCGCACAGAUGCCUAUCAGGACGUGUCUAUACACGGCACCCUUCCACGGAAGAAGAAAGGCCCUCCUCCCAUCAGGUCCUGUGAUAGCUUCAGUCACACGGGCACCCUGCCCCAUUUCAAAUCCCCACGGCAGAACUCACCUCUGACCCAGGACAUCAUCCAGGAGCACCCACGGCAGGACUGGAAAGGUGAAGUCUUCACCUCCAGGGAUCAGCAACUUCUGGACCCAACUCUGGAAUAUGUGAAGUUCUCCAAGGAGAGGCACGUCAUGGACAGAACCCCUGAGAGGCUGAAGAAGGAGCUGGAGGAGGAGCUGCUGCUAAGCAGUGAGGACCUGCGCAGCCACGCCUGGUACCACGGCCGCAUCCCCCGACAGGUGUCAGAAAACCUCGUGCAGCGAGAUGGCGACUUCCUGGUUCGAGACUCUCUGUCCAGCCCCGGAAACUUUGUUCUGACCUGUCAGUGGAAGAACCUCGCCCAUCACUUCAAGAUCCAGCGGACAGUCCUUCGGCUCAGCGAGGCCUACAGCCGCGUGCAGUACCAGUUUGAGAGGGAGAGCUUCGACUCCAUCCCCGGCCUGGUGCGCAGCUACGUGGGCAACCGCCAGCCCAUCUCCCAGCAGAGCGGAGCCAUCAUCUUCCAGCCCAUCAACAGGACGGUGCCCCUGCGGUGCCUGGAGGAGCGCUAUGGCGGCUCCCCUGGCCUGGCCCGGGAGGGCAGCCUCGUGGAGGGAAGGCCGGACGUGGCCAAGAGGCUGAGCCUCACCACGGGCAGCGUCCAGGCCCGCGAGCCGAGCUUGCCCAGAGGAAACCUGCUCAGAAAUAAAGAGAAGAGCGGCAGCCAGCCUGCCUGCCUGGAUCACAUGCAGGACAGAAGAGCCUUAUCCCUCAAAGCCCACCAGUCGGAGAGCUACCUGCCGAUUGGCUGUAAGAUGCCCCCUCAAUCCUCGGGUGUGGACACAAGCCCCUGCCCAAACUCCCCUGUUUUCAGGACGGGCAGCGAGCCCACCCUGAGCCCGGCAGUGGCUCGGAGGGUCUCCUCGGACGCCAGGGCAGGGGAGGCGCUGAGGGGCUCAGACAGCCAGCUGUGCCCCAAGCCACCCCCCAAGCCCUGCAAGGCGCCCCUCCUCAAGGCUCCCCCGUCUCCAUCCACCUGGCUCCACUCCGAGGCCAACUACUGUGAACUGAACCCAGCCUCGGCCACGGGCUGUGACCGGGGAGCGAGGCCGCCCUUCUGUGCCCAGGACAGCUACGUGGAGCUGCUGAAGGCCAAGCAGAAUGGGGCGCCGGGUCCCCGGAACUCUGGCACCAACUACCUGAUUCUUGAUGACAAUGACAGGGCCGGGCCUCAGGCGCCCCCGGCGGCAGCGGCGCAGAUGGGCCAGGGGCAGGACGCCGAGGCCGAGUUUGUGAUGCCCCUCCUGGAGACGGCCUCCUCCUUCAGGCCCAACGACUUCGUGUCGAAGCUCCUUCCGCCUGAGAACAAGCCCCUGGAGACAGCGAUGCUGAAGCGAGCAAAGGAGCUGUUCACCAGCAACGACCCCAAGGUCAUCGCCCGGCACAUGCUGAGCGAGGACUGCAAGGUCGCUCGGAUUCUUGAAGUCUCGGAGGAGAUGAGGAGGAGCAUGGGCGUGAGCUCAGGGCUGGAACUCAUCACCUUGCCGUACGGCCACCAGCUGCGUCUGGACAUCAUCGAAAGACACAGCACCAUGGCCAUCGGCAUUGCAGUGGACAUUCUGGGCUGCACGGGCACUCUGGAGGACCGAGCAGCCACCCUCAAUCGGAUCAUCCAGGUGGCGGUGGAACUGAAAGACGCCAUGGGGGACCUCUAUUCUUUCUCCGCCAUCAUGAAAGCCCUGGAGAUGCCGCAGAUUACAAGGCUAGAAGAAACGUGGACUGCCCUGCGGCGCCAGCACACCCAAACCGCCAUCCUCUACGAGAAGCAGCUGAAGCCAUUCAGCAAAGCUCUGCACGAAGGCCGAGCCUGUCAGCUGCCCGAGUCCACGUGUGUCCUCCCAAACAAUAUAUCAGUCCCCCUACUGAUGCCUCUUGUGACUUUAAUGGAGCGACAGGCUGUCAUUUUUGAAGGAACUGACACGUGGGAAAAAAAUAACGAAAGCUGUGAGAUUAUGAUGAACCAUUUGACAACAGCCCGACUCAUGGUAGAGGCUGCACACAGUUACCAGAUGAAUGCCGAGAGGAUCCUGGACGGUAAGAGCUGCUUUUUAUAAGCUGCUGUCUGCUUUG